CGGGACUUGAUGUCUGAUAUCCUUCUUCAAGCAAUUGUUCCUCCACGCAGUUGAACACCUUGGUGCUGGCUACACAGUACUGACUGUUAACUGGGCACGCACGAGCUGCGACGGCGGGGCUUCUACAGCUCGGACCCCCUCGUCCCCAACCCGACGGCGCAUCAAGCCGUCGCCCCCCACCCAGACCCGACCUGCCAGCUACCGUAUCGCCGCCGCGCCAAGCCGCUCUGAUUUCGCAUGCGCAGCCGAAACUCGACGUCGCGUCGCAACGACAUUGAUUUUCAACCCACUUUUCCAUCAGCACGAAAAAACCUCGAGGUCCUACUUUCGAACCGCCACCAGAUCAACCAUCGCACAUGCUUUUCUUGCCGCUAUGAACGCGGAAACGCAUCGUCAUCAUGGCUCAGGGUCUGGACGAGCUUGUUGAGUGGCUUGUCGGGGAGGUCUCAUUUUUCGGCGAUGGAUGCCCCGUGUCUGAGCUGGUCGCUGCUGUCAUAAGAUUCCAAGAGAAUGAUAGAGAUGCACGAAAGGAUGAGCUAGGCGGCCAGCAGCCUCGAGAGGUGCUCACCAGGAGCCCGCCUACGGAGGCUCAGCUGAAACUGGCGCGCCUUGCUUGGAAAUGGCUUAUAAGCACUGGUGAAGUCAGCAUCGGUCCUGAAGGGGAAUGGAAUCAUCUCACAUUCGAUGAGAUGAUGUCCAUUCCGGAAGACGCUGGACAAGUCGCUGCGCCACUCCAAGAUGAGAAGCCCGAUCCUGCCGUGCCCAAGCACAACAAACUGCCCAAAAUCCGACCUCGCAUAUUCGUUGGGGAGGAGACCAUUUGGAAGACACUCACCGGACACAGCAUAGACUACAAGCGCGUGCCCAACCUGGAGUGGAAGUGCCUGGUCGCCAUCGGCUCAACGAAGGAGGAUGGCAUCCUUCAGGGCGAUCUCAACAGGGUCACCGGCCAAGAUAAGCGUUCAGUCCCAAAGAGGACGGACUUCCUCGCGCAGAAAGGCUACAUUGCAAAGCGCACCCACAUGGUCAGAGGCAUGAAGACCAGCAAGCUCUGGCUGACCAAGUUCGCCCCUGCGCUACCUGUGCCGUCGAACCCUCUGGGCGGCAAGGACUUGUCGCGGGCCUCAUUGACUCGAGAUAUGCAACCUGUUCCAUGGCACUAUCAGUGGACCGGCAAGGAUAAGGCAGGCCGGCCAGAAAUCCACUACAUGGCGCUGGGCCAAACCAUGAUCGCCAUCACCAAAGCCUGGGGCACUCUCCGGAUUAGAGAUCUGAAGGCAAAGCUUGGGAUCCUGGGAAAGAGGUGGCAAAUGAAGGUCAUGUCUAGGUUCCUUCGUCGUUUCCACAAGUUGGGAAACGUCUCUUACGUUGCCGCCACUUUCGCUGGCGACAAGCACGUGUUCAAGGACUGCGUCAGGUUUGCCAGGGAUCCUACGGAAUCAGAUUGGAGGCUUCUCUUAGCCACCGGCAAGAAGACUUCACGGUACACGAACCAAGGCAGGGACAAGCAGCCGAGGGCCAGAUCGAAACCAAAGGGAGGCAAAGGGAGACAGAAGAAGGCGUCAAGCUCCGCGCAGUCAACUGUCAGGGUUGUCAGGAAGAAGCCUAAAGUGAGGCUCGGCGCCACCAUGACCGGUUGGGUGCCCGAGAAGCCUCUGGCAAACACAGUUGCCGACUUCAUCAUGACAGGCGGCACGCGUGGCUACUCAAACCCUGAGAUCAGCACCGACACUGUCGGCUACGUUUUCCGUCGGCACAUGUUCACCCACUUGGUAAAUCUAACCAAUGGAGAUGUUCAACCCCCCGGCCUACGAGAAUACCAGAUGAGCAAGGAACUGGUCAAAUUGGGGAACACAAAACAAUACAUGUUUUCUUUGGCUGGAGCACAAAAUUUCAAGCCAUCUAACCAACAGGAAGAACAACUAACCAUCGACCCGGCUCUGCGUCAGGAUGUUGAUGGAUCAGAGCAGCCUCCCGCGCAUCAAAUCGGUGCAGAUGCUUUUGGGUUUGGAUCAGUCGACCCCAAGGUCUUUGCUGAGGACGGGUCGUCGUAUCUCACGCAACUGAGUCGCACGGAGCCCGGAAAGCCGAUCAAAGCCCGACGGCCUUACGGCAGUCGUAAAUCGAAACUCAAUGUCGCUGGCUCCACUGAUCAAACUAUAAAGGCAACGGAGCACUUGGACGGGGAGAAGGCUGGAGUUGAACAGGUCGCAGGGACAGCUGCGAUGCCUGUGGCGCCGAAGAGAAGGGGCCGGCCACCCAAGGCCAAGGUUCAGGCCAAGGUUCAGCCCAAUGUCGACGAAGCCGAGACGACUGUUCCCGCCCGAACCUCAAGGAAGCGCAAGGCCACCCAAAUUGCGUCUUACUCGGAAGCUCUUGACUUGGACAACGAAGACGCCGACGUGGCGGCAGAAGCGGCUUCUGUCGAAGGAGAGCCAAGACCAAAGCGCAGGGCGGCAAUGAAGGCACAAGUCUCCCAGGAGCAUGAUGGCGAUAUCCUAGAGGAUGAGCAGGAUGACGAAUCAGAAGAGGAGACCGAAGAAGAGCAGGACCGAAGCAAUCCUGGUGUCUACGUUGGCAUACCCGGUUCGCUAAAUCCUAAUCCUCAAAGAAAGGGCCGACCGAGGAAGUCUCUUGUUGUAAUUUUUCGAUCAGACAAGUUGAAGGAUCCAAACUAUCUCCCAGGAUGGACGGAUUAUCCCAAGCCAGCCCCAGCGCUGUCCCGGUCUAAGCCCAGUCGUACACCACGGAAGAGGCAUACCCAACCGCCACAAGUUGACGCCGGGGCGACUGGCAUUCAUCAUGGCGAUUCUAUCGAGAAAUCAGCGGAUCAGGCUGGUGAUGACAUAAUGAUAUCGACUGAGCCAGCAGUCGCUUCCUCACCAGAUCCGAAACUUAGCCAAGAAGCGGCCGGAGGAGAUGACGGUAGCAUCGUGGUGCAAAGCAACGGCGUUGUCAUUGAAAAUAAAGCGGCACAGGAGGCUCCACAGGGGCUAAGCAAUAAUGAUGCAGUUCAUGAAACCCCUCCCGUGGACGGCGAGGCAUUGUCAGCAGAGAAGCCUGCAACCAAGGCGGCUCCUGCCCCGUCAAAGACAGCGCGACAGCCGAGGAAGCCCAAGCCCGACAAUUACGUCUGCGAGAAGUGCGGUGGAACCUGGAAGAAUGACAUUGGCCUCAAAUACCACCUUGAGAAGGCCAAGGUCUCUUGCAAUCCAUUCUACGCUGAAAAUCCAGACCUCAUGGUUAAGGCGAAACCUGUCCGCAAGAGCCGUUUGGCGGCCAGAACCCCUGAGCCUCAAGAUGAAGUCAGGAGUCCCAAAGACAGCCCGGGGGGCGGUGAUAGUGUCUCAUCCUCGCCCCGAACUCCUAGAGCUACUCGUGUCCCCAAGAGGAAUAAACCGUUUCCCUUCAAGUCCGCGGACCAGAGCGAUUCUGCUAAUCAACGCACGAUCAUAAAACAACGGACCGCUCUGGGACACAGCAAUCUUGGACUGCCGGGAGUGUCAGCUCCACGGGGGCUCAAAAUCUCGGAAGCUGCCGCGAAGGACGCCGCAAAUGCGAGUGAGCCUGCUGGUCGACAAGUGGUCCUCACCGUGACAGAGCCAAAGGCAGUCGAUCCUGGUGGCAACAGCCAUACAGCACCCGAGGACCCGAAUGAGGCCAUGGCAGACGAGGAGCUUCCUUAUCUUGCACACAUCCGUGCUGAGAAGACAAAGCGGCAGCCGAGAUCCUCAACUUCGGGCUUCCAAGGAUUUGACUCAGACAGUCGGCAAGACGAACGGAUGGUCAAUGCGACUGAACAAAGCCCUGAGGUGCACAGUACGGCUGUCGCGCCAUAUCAGGAUCCGAUAUCCAACCCGGGCGCAGCAGUUGCGAUGCAAGAAUCCACUGAAUCUCCUUUCACAACGAGUGCGUUUGCUUCGUAUGAUGCAUACCCUCUUGAUGUGCUUGAGCAGCCUAGUGUACAACCGCAAGAAAUUCCUGGCAUACCACCAUCGAGUACGCAGGGCAGUGUCAAGGCACCAAAGGCUCCACCUAUACAACGUCCCGCGGUUCCGGCCGAGGCUGAUAUAGCCUCGGGACGAGAGGACUGGCAACAAGGCAAAGCUGUCCAGGAUCGAUUACAGCCGUUCCGGGUGCCGCCCACCGACUUCCAGGCACGAACCCCCAAGGAACUACGUUCGCACAAGAUCGAGGAGAUUGUCCGGUAUCUUCUCGACAACAAUGGCGGGGUAUUUCCGGGUGGCAGAGCAUUGUUCUAUGCCAUUUUGAAGAUUUACGUCCAGAGAUGGCCCGGUCAGCCCCUGCCAACGAACAUGGGAGUCACCAGGGUGAUCAGGAAGCUGCAACAACAACAAGAAGUUAAGGAGAUGUCCUCAGCAUUCAAAUCGCCUACUGAGCGACUUUGGACGACUUUGGUCAUACUUACACUCAACCACAUCGAUCCCAAUGGUCCGGUGGCAGGAGAUCUCAGGAAGAAGAUGAAAGCCGCCCAACCGGAUGUGUACAUUCCUCCAGGUUUUGCCCCUGAUGACAGCGAGAUUGCGCACUUCAAGAAACUGGACAGACUUCCCGUUCAACGUGGAAAAGGACCCGGUAGACGAGACCACAAGCUAGAAGAGGAAAUCGUGACUUUAGAAGCGCCUUUCUAUCUUGAAAAGGGCCUUGCUGGCGUGCGGCCGCGCAACCGCCAUCGUAUCCAGUCAGAGGAUGAAGAGUCCGAUGGUGGUGAUGGUGAUGCCGAAACCGCCGAGAAACCACGCCGCCGCGGACGAAAGCGAGCUGCCGAAGGCGAGUCCUCUGAGCGACCAGGAGGGAAGAGGAGGAGAAGAAGGAAGUACGAUAGGGCCAAUCUCGACGCAGCUGAUGAAGAUGAAUAUUCGGUUUCAUGGUCCAUUAUGCCACACCAAUACAGUAUAGACGAGUCCCACGCGACGAAUCCGGGCUUGGGCUCCCUACCUGCUUCAUUCUUCUCAGGCACUGCCAACGCGCCAACCAGUAGCUACACCGCACCGACUAAGGUGCAGUUCCUUGAGCCAAACACCCGUCUCGAAGAGGAAGACCAGCCAGAUCUCGAACCCGGAUACGUCGAAGAGACCGCUGCAAACCAAUCGGCGAACGAGGGUGAGGACCAUCUGCCGCACACCAGGGUGGAUGGUUCAUUCGUAGACACGAUCGAACUCGGGUCUACAGGAAAAGGAGUCUGGCCGAACAUCCAUCUCCAAUGGUUCGAGAUCAACAACGCCAGCUUCACAAUGAAUGGCUGGUUCCCGGGGCCAAGAGAGCAGCUGAAGGAACAGCUGCCGAAGUCUAUGGAACAGAUGGCCUACAAGAUUACCAGUCACUGCAAGACUGACACCUGGGCAGAUCCAGCUUAUGGCCAAUUUGUCACGAGCUUGGACGGCUGCGUGUCCUGGGAGCUUUCAGACCAGGGCCAAAGAUUCAUGUCGGGCAGUAUCGCUCCGGACUAUGUCUUCAUUUGUUUCGCAUCGACUCCUGCAGUCUCAAACAUGUCACCAUGCAUACCGACGUGGGAUGAAAGCAAUAACUGGACCCCCGACUCGAUUCCUUACGAGCAACUGGUGGCCGAAGAGGAAGAGGCGGCUAUGUCGGCAGAGACUGCUGAGCUUUGGGGAAUCGUUCCAUUCGCUGAGCGAGGCAUUCGCCGCGGUCCUGGGAGGCCAAGAAAAUACCCAUUGCCUAUGCGUGGUGAUCCACCUCGGAAGUAUAUUAGGAGGCAGCCGAAGGACGAGAGCAUCCGCGAGCUGAAGUUGCAGCGCGAGCUUACCGCCUACCCGAGAGAGUCGAAUGAAUACUUCCGUCAGAAGGGGCAGGAAGACCCAGAAAUUGACUGGAAGGCCGAGGACACCCGCAUUGCCGCGUACGUAGCAGUCUCAACACUCUUGGGUGGUAUCAACAAGGCUAUGGACUGGGGCGUCUUGAUGAGGAUCUUCCCAGACUCGAAGUUGUCAAAUCUUCGCAAAUUCUGGGCUACUAUCAAGAAGGAGCGACAGGGUUUCAUCCAAAACUUGACUGCUAAGUUUCAGGAGGAUUUCUUGGAGGCAUAUGAAAACGGGGAUCUGCCAACGAUCAACUUCGACAAGCCCCUGGAGUAUGAUUGGCUUCGUCUCAUCAAGUGGACGCUCGCCCUGGUUGUGAGAGAGGGUAUUGACUUGCCGCCAAACAUGCCACAGUUCGACGAAGAGCUGGAGCUGGUUCCCGUCGAGAAGGGAGAGUUUGACUGGCGUGAUAGUUACUACCACUGGCAGAGGUCCGUCUUUAACAAAUUUCAGGAUGCUGCUGCGGAGCCUGCAUCGACGGCGCUGGAGAAGCAGGACCAGAAAGAAGAUGCGGAUUCGGCAAUUGCCCGCUCCUGGGUACGGGCGCUCUGCUGCACAGACUCGGACACGUACACGCCUCUGAGCAUCAAGAAGAAAUUCCUCACCCUUGCCAGGGGUGGCCAACGCACUGAGCAGGAAAUCAGCGAUCUCCUGGAGGCGACCAUACACGAUCUCGAGCACCGGCGCAUCGCUAUCAAGCAGAAGUCCCAGGCUCUUGCCACUGGCCGUCCUUACAAGCUCAAUGAGCACUUCCUGCGCACUCUGGACCGUUUCUCCCAUGAAGAUAAGUUCAGCGUCGCCGCUGAUUUCAAGGAGAAGAUGGACGAGGCUUUCCGCAAUGGUCAAGCCGUCGAGAUCCCAUGGCGCACCGAAGACGGCAUGGUCCUCGCGGUAUUCAACCUGCAAGCCCACGGCCGGGUGCGUAUCGAGCCCGUCAAGAAGCUUGACGUCCCAUUCGGGUUCAAACCAGGUUUCUACGAGUCCCGCAAAUUCCCAAAGUCGUACUACCGCUUUGAUUUGCAGGUGACGCCUACAUCCCGCUACGUGUACAACGAGGACAUUGAGAUCCUGCGGACGGCAACCGACGACUCGGUCAUCCCCGGGGCCACCGAGGAUGGCAAGCUCCCGAUGUGGUGCGACUUCUUUGGCGAGCCCGACCGGUCCCGCUGGUUCAAGAUGCUGUCGGCGGUGCUCUUCGUGCUGGCCGCCCGCGGGGCGAUGACGGACGAGUUCACGGCCCAGGCGCUGCGGCCCUGCAUCGAGACGUUCGAGGUCGAGAUCAUCCGCGCGUGGGCCCUCAAGAUGGGCGUGGUCAGGGAGAUCACCGAGGGGUGCGGGGCGGUCAGCGUCUCUGAGUGGUGGUGGCUGAUCUGCGGCCUCCCGGUGACAGAGGCAAGCGAGCCCAAGGCUGAUGGGCACGACCAGUACACCUCGUGGCAUAAGCGGAGGUGGCGUGGCCAGUAUCGGGUGCACUGAUCGAUCGUCUUUGGCCCAGACCGGCCUGGGGUUGGGGCGGAUGGUUGGUGAGCCACCCUUCUUUGGCUGGACUGUUUGUCAUCUGCAAGACGGAUACCACGAGCCUCCCUUUUGAGGGCCACUGUAGCACACGAAGCAUUGGCUGCAUGAUUUCGCGGGGCUGUUCUUUCUCGAGGGCACCGAAGGCCGGGAGUGGAGAUUAUAGUCGGAGGUUUGGGUGUGGGUUGCACGAUUUGAUGCGAGAUCCCGUCUGCAACGGGAUCGGUGCGUGGUGUUUUUUUGGCCACUGAUCCGACCAAGUUUGAUGGUAGUGUUGUUUGUUUCUGUGCUUUUAGAAUAAGCCCAAGCAGAAGUUCCAGAGAGCACAAUGUAAAAACCACGAAGACUUUGUUUCUUCCCAAA